CUUUUUCUCGUGCUAAACUGUUUACAGCGCCACCGAAUUCUUUCUCUCUCUCAAACAGUUUAUUAAGGGGAAAAAAAAUAGUAUAAAAAAAUUAAAAAUAUAAAAGGACCUUUUCUUCCUUCUUCAACGGCCUGGUUCCUCUUCUCUCUAACAGAGAAAGGGAUUCUAGGGUUUUUUCAGUUUGUCCUCAGAGCGAGUUUUGACGAAGGUAUUAUUUUUCCUUUUUUUUUUUCUUUUUUGAAGAUUUUAUUAGGAAGGAUAUGGUUAGAAAAAGGGAGGUAGGGAUUCGUGGGCGGUGAAUUUGAGGGUGCAUUGUAUUGGUUAAGGGGAUAUGAUUGAUUUUUAUUGUUGGGUCAAAGUUUUCUUUUGCUUUUUUUCACUUUUUUGUUGGUUUGGAGUAUGGUUUUGCUUCAUUGUUGAUACUAUUUUUUGGAAAAAAGCCGGAGAUGGGUUUGUGCGAGAAUAGGACCUUGGUUGAUGAACCUUUCCGUGAAGUUGCUGCUACAGAGCAACAUUCGUGCACAGAGUUGAUGGGAAACCUUGUGCCUCAGCAGCGGGAUUGCAUUGUGUUUGAUCCUAAUGUGGAUUGUGCUGGUGAAACGAGUGAAGAUGAAAAUACUGAUUGUCAAAGGUCUGGGGAUAUUGAUUGCAGAGAUGGAAUAAGGGUGAGUGCAAGAAUGUGGUUGGUUUUGGUUUGAAGGGAUUGGAUGGUGAUGAAUGUUGUGACAGCACAAUUUGUUUGAAAGAAAAUGAGUGUGAAAAUGUCUAUAGUUCUUGUUCAAAAGAAUUGAUGGGUGAUAGUAUUGUUUUCUCAGAAAAUAAUCAGGAUGAACAAGUGGAUGAUUCUGACAUGAAGGAAUUGGUGGGCAAUAGGUGCAAUGAUUGUGUGGUUUGUUUGGAAGAAAAUCGGGGUGAAAGUGUGGAUGGUUCUAGUUCAAAGGAAUUGAUGGGUGAUAGGUGCAGGGAUAGUGCAGUUUUCUCAAAUGAAAAUCUGGGUGAGAAUGUGGAUGGUUCUUUUUCAGAUGUCUUGACAGGUGAUAGGUGUGGUGAUAGUACAGUUUGCUCCAAUGAGAAUCAGGGUGAGAAUGUACAUUGUGCUGGCUCCAAGGAAUUGAUUAGUGAUAAGGAUGGUCAUAGUGUGGUAUGCUUGAAUGAAAAUCAGUCUGAGAAUGUGGAUAGUUCUGGUUCAAAGGAAAUGAUGGAUGGUAGGUGUGGUGAUGGUGUGGUUUGUUUGAAUGAUAAUCAGGGUGAAAAUGUAGAUGGUUCUGGUCCAGAGGAAUUGAUUGGUGAUGGUGAUAGCACAGGUUAUUCAAAUGAAAAUCAGGAAAAUGUAGAUCGUUCUGGUUUAAAGGAAUUGAUGGGUGAUAGUAUUGGUGAUAACGUGGUUUGUUUGAAUGAAAAUCAGGGUAAUGUUAAUGUUAAUGAUUUAGAAACUGAUCUGUUGUGCUUGAAAAACAGAGGAAUUUUAGGUGAAGAUGGUCCAACUGUUGUGGAUGGACAUUCUCAGGAUGAAAAUACUGCUUGUUUGAGCAGUGGCAUGGAGAUUUCUAUAGACCAGAUGAGAGGAAAUGAUGAAACUGUGGUUGGUUGGAUGUUAAAAGAAUGUAUUGACAUUCAAGGUGGGGUUUUUUUGACUGAGAAUCUGGGUAAAGUUGAUCAUCACGACUCAGAAAAUGAUGCUUCACAGGACACUGAAAUGCCAUCAGAACUGAAAACAGUGGCUACUUCACCUAGAAAUUGUGUUAAACAGGAUAAGGAGAAGGCUGAUGAGAGUGUCACUGGUUCCACUCAGCAGGGGGUCAUGGAAGAUGGGGAAGAAAAGUGUGAAGAGAAAAAUGACGUGGUACAAAGGACAGGGGCUGGUGUUCUGAACCAAAUAUUGCCUUCGCAAAAGAGUGAAGUGCCUUUUGAGUUAAUAAGUGUAACAGGUGAUUUUGUGAGUAGUAGUGACUGGCAUAACCAGAAAGAUGAUCUGAGUGGCACUGAUCUCUCAUUGGAAAGUUUUACUAAACCUGUGGAAACUAAAUGUACGGAUGAUAUAUGCAUUGAGUUAUUGGCUUCAAAGGGUAGCUGGAGUACAUUGGAAACAUUACAUAGGGCUGAAUCAUUGGGUACCCAUCAGAAUGCACAAACUGACAAAAAGAAUGUUAAUGGUCAAUAUGAAAAUGGUGUUGCAGAGAUUUUUGAGAAGAGGGCUGCUGUAACUGCAGUUACAAAGGUUGAGACUCCCAGUCAAAUUAUAAAUGCAGAAGAAAAUGCCUGCAAUUCGAAAGGGGAUUCUUUUGAGCUAGGUGCAAACUGUCUUGGUGAUAGAUCAGAUUCUUUGUCAUGUCAGCCCUUUGAUGUUGUUGAAAAUGGCUUGUUUGAGAGGUUGGAUCCACUGGAUAUUUUGGCAAAGGAUGCUUGUGCUGCGAUUAGUUCAAGCAGUUCAAUUGACUGUUCCAGACAAAGGGAAAAUGAAGGAAAGGAUGUUGUCAAGGUUGAUUGUGUUUCAGAAACUAAACAUCAUCCUGCCACAUCUUCCUCUUCUCGAAGAGGCAGCCGAAAGAGCAAAUCAAGCCGAAAGGCUCCAGCGAAAAGGAUUGCCAGGUACUGCAGGAACAUGAAGCAGGCCCCACAUGAAAGUAUUGAAUUUAUUUUCAGAGCUUCAAGGAAGAAGAGAAGCUGUUCAUCCAAGCCAGCUCGUGCUACUGACUGGGGAUUGUUGAGUAAUAUUACACAAUUUCUUGAGCAGUAUCAUGAGCCUGGGUGUAUUGAAGUGCUGAAUCAAGAACCGUCCAAAGCUGGGGGUGGCCAAGCAAGUGGGAAACGGAGCAAAAACCGGGCUGGUAAAAACAGAAAAGGGUCAAGUGGGAUAAGUAACACUUCAACCAAUUGCCUACGUUUGAAGAUCAAAGUGGGCAAGGGAGUUGCUCCAAUUAAUCUGAAUAGUGUGGUUACAGAAUCGGUCGAUCCAUCAGUUUCUGUUGAUACUUCUUUUAAUAAUCAUGGGAAAGAAACCAGUUUUCAAUGUCCAAAACUAGUUAAUGUUGUUCAAGAUAAAGUAGGGGAACUGGAAAGUGAAAGGCAGUUGCAGUUUAAGGAGGACUUAGAAAAGGUGAAAACAUGCUCAGAUGCUUCUAUUAUGGAUCUAAAACUAGCACAUAAGGUUGUGGAGAGUGCUGAAAAUCUUGAAAAGUCUGCUGAAGAUGCUGCAGAUAAUUAUCCUGUAAGUCUGUCUGAUGUGGUGGCUGAAGCAUCUGGGGAAGUUGUAGAGAACAAGUACAUUGAUCCUGGAACUUCACCAGAUUCCGAAGUAAUCAAUUUAAUUCCUGAUGCCCAAGUUGGUUCAAUACACCAAGAAGAGUCAAAUAAUACUGUUUUGAAUACUUCUGGAGCGCUUGCUUCUACUGGAGGUGUUAAGAGUAGUAAGAGUAGCAAGCGGGGAAAGAAGGAUAAUCAUAAAUCUCCUGGUGCAGCCAGCGCAAGGAAAUCUAAAUCAUCAAAGAAUUGCAGAGGCAAACAAAAAACAACAGUUAAUGGAUUUUGCUCUAGCGGAGCUCUUACUUCAUCCACUGGUGCAAAUUCUUCAAGAGAGAAUGGACUUGGUGUCUCUGAAGAGGCUAUGAAAGUGGAAAUUGGUAUGGAUGCUAAAGCAUGUUGCAGUCCUGAUGUUCCAGAUACAAAGAACACGAAGAAUUUGUCUUCCUCUAAACACAAGCGGAAUCAACCUUCCAAAAGCUUAAAAUCUUGCGGAGUGAGCAAGGGAAAGUCCAGAGUCUCUGAUACAGCAAGGAGCAGGAAAGGAAAUGCUUGUAAGCAGAAAGGGGAUGAAUUGAAGUCAGUUAGUAAGACCAAAGUAAAGAAGAAAGGCUCUGACAAAGACAUUGUUGCCAGAGGAGGAAGGCACCCACUAACAGGAAAUCACAUUUCAGAUGAUAUUGAGAUCUCAAAUACCAGCAACAGUAUUGCAUCGGCAGACAUGAUUAAUGUUGACUUGGUAUCAGAUGGUACCAUGGAGCAGUGUACACAGCCUGAUAAUGCUUGGGUGCGUUGUGAUGAUUGUCAUAAGUGGCGGCGAAUACCAGUUGCACUUGUAAAGUCAAUUGAUGAGGCAUGCCGUUGGGUCUGUGGGGACAACGUGGAUAAAGCAUUUGCUGAUUGCUCAAUCCCUCAAGAGAAGUCCAAUGCAGAUAUUAAUGCCGAGUUGGGCAUAUCAGAUGCUGAGGAAGAUGGUUGUGAUGGUUUAAAUUAUAAGGAACUGGGGAAGGGAUUUGAAAGGAAACAUAUGACCGUGCCAUCAACAUCACACUUUUGGCGUAUUGAUAGUAAUCGAUUUUUGCACCGUCGCCGUAUAACUCAAAGCAUUGAUGAGGUCUGA